AUGGCUCCUUCUGUCGUUCCCGAGCCACAACCGCCCUCAACAUCCAGACCACAGCAGAACCUCCGCAACCCUCUCCCGCUGUCGCCGGCCCAGGAAGCUGAGGUCCGCAAACUGUACUACGCUCGUGUCCGGUCAAGAUGUGCCGAUGAAAUCAAAGAAUUCGCCGACUGCGCCCGCGGCCGAACAGUCAGCGUAGCAUGGCACUGCCGAGCUCAGCAUCUCGCCAUGAAUGGCUGUAUGAUACAAUUUGCUACCAAGGCGGAAGAAGAUGCUGCUCGGGAAGAAUGGUUUGCAGGUGUAUUAGAGCGGCGGAAACAGAAGGAGGAAGAACUAGCCGCUGUAGAGAAAAGAAGAGUCGAAGUCAUUGAGUUGACAAGAAAGCAGGAGGAGAAAGAACGGCUUGAGAUGGAGAAGAAGCUGGCCGAAGAGAAACAAAAUGAAGGGAAGAAGACCAGGGGUUCCUGGUGGCGGUGA